AUGUCUUCAUCCACCUCCCAAGCAGACGCAAGCCCGGCGCAGACGCAAGCCGCCUCACCUGAGCACGCCCAAAUACCAUCAACGAACAACCCCUCCACCACGACCACGACCACGACCAACCCCGCAGUGACCACCACGACCACCACGACCACCGCCAACCCCGCGAGCACCACAACAUCUUCCACCCCACCACCACCCGCGCAAGUGGCCAACAACAACAAAGACGACGACGACGACGAUGAUUCCGACUUCGACGAGCUAGACGACGUCCUCGACAACUUCAACAAACCCGCCGCGUCGACCGCGCAGCCCCCUGCUGCUUCUGCCUCUGCCUCCUCUGCUAAAGAUGCGACCGCCGCGACCACCACGGACGAUGCCGAUCUCGACGAGGAAGCGUUCCUGAAGCAACUCGAGAAGGACAUGGCGAAUCUGAUGGGCGCGGGGGCGGGGGCGGGGGCGCGGGGUGACGCCUCCGCGUCGAUCCCCGAGGGUUUCGGCGACGAGGAGUCCCUCGACAAGGACGCGGAGAUGUUCGCCAAGUUACUCGAGGAGGGCGGGGUGUCGGCGGAGGAUUUUUUGAAGCAGUUGGUGGGGGAUAUGAUGAAGGGGGAGGCGGGGAGUGGGCCUGGGAAUAAGAGCAAGAAGAAGGGUAGUGCUGCUGCAGGUGGUGGCGCGACGGCCGGGGAAGCGUCCGCGACCCAGAGUGCAGCUGAUGCAGCAGCACCCGACGCUGCUGCUGCCGCGACACCGGAGACCUUUAACGAUACCAUCCAGCGGACGAUCGAGCGGAUGAAGGAGUCCGGCGACAAGGCGACGGCCGCGGCCGAGGAAGAAGACGGAGAUGCGGACGACCUGGUGGCGCAGCUGAUCAAGGCGAUCGAGGCGGGCGCGGGCGCGGGGGCCGGCGGCGACGGCGACGACGCCGACCUGACCAAGAUGUUCCAGGGGAUGAUGGAGCAGCUGUCCAACAAGGAGAUCCUGUACGAGCCGAUGAAGGAGCUCGACACCAAGUUCGGCCCCUGGCUGGCCGAGAACAAGGCCGCCGGCAAGGUGUCCGGGGAGGAGCUGCAGCGCUACGAGAAGCAGGCCGCCGUCGUGGCGCAGAUCGUCGCCAAGUUCGAGGACCAGGCGUACACAGAUGAGGAUCCCAAGUGUCGCGAGUAUGUGUGGGAGAAGAUGCAGGAGAUGCAAGCCUGUGGCAAUCCUCCGGAUGAGCUGAUUCCGGCGCCUAUGAUGGAGGAUCUCAUGGGUGGAGGGGCCGGGCCCGGGGCUCCGGACUGUCCGCAGCAGUAG